GAGCCGCGUCUGGCUGCCGUGCGCUGGUGCAGGUGCUCUAUUUCAUCGAGAGAGGAUGCGAAAGGAAAGAAGGGGAGGGAAAGAAUGAAGGGAACCGUCGGAGAAAAGUAUGCAGGGCAUGAGUAAAAGGGUCUCAGCAGCUGACAGCGCGUCUAACGACCAGGGGCUCGGCUAAGAAUGAUUUAUUGAAAGGGGCACUUUGAGAUAUGAUGAGGUUUCUCUCUGGUUGGCAAUAGUACUAUGAUUUGGUAUGUGGCCACUUUGAUAGCAAGUGUAUUCAGCACCAGAGGAACAGCUGCUCAAGGUGCCCACGGAGUCAGAGAGGAGCCCCAGUUUGUGACGUCCCGCGCUGGGGAGACUGUGAUUCUGGGAUGUGACGUAGUUCACCCACUCAACGGCCAGCCCUACGUGGUGGAGUGGUUCAAGUUUGGAGUUCCCAUCCCCUUCUUCAUCAACUUCCGCUUCUACCCUCCCCAUGUGGACCCCGAGUACGCCGGCCGAGCCAGCCUGCAUGGCAAGUCAUCUCUACGUAUUGAGAGGGUUCGAUCAGAAGACCAGGGCUGGUACGAGUGCAAGGUCCUGAUGCUGGAACAACAGUACCACACCUUCCACAACGGCAGCUGGGUGCACCUCACUGUCAAUGCUCCUCCGACGUUCACGGAUACGCCGCCGCAGUAUGUAGAGGCCAAAGAGGGUGGCAGCAUCACUCUAAGCUGCACAGCGUUCGGCAAUCCCAAACCUUCAGUCAGCUGGCUGAGAGAGGGCAACCCCGUACAGGACAGCACCAAGUACAAGGUGAGUGAUGGCAGUCUGACACUGGUUUCCAUCAGCCGUGAGGAUAGGGGUGCGUACACAUGCCGGGCAUACAGCGAACAAGGAGAGGCAGUUCACACCACACGCCUGCUCGUCCAAGGACCCCCAUUUAUUGUCUCACCGCCAGAGAACAUAACCGUAAACAUUUCCCAGGAUGCAUUCUUCACUUGUCAGGCCGAGGCUUACCCUGGCAACCUAACAUACACCUGGUUCUGGGAGGAAGAUAACGUCUUCUUCAAGAAUGAUCUGAAGCGCAGAGUGAGUAUUCUGAUCGAUGGUUCACUCAUCAUCUCCCAGGUGAAACCAGAGGAUGCUGGGAAAUACACCUGCAGUCCGAGUAACAGCCUCGGCCGCCCACCUUCAGCAUCAGCGUACCUGACAGUGCAUUACCCUGCCCGUGUGAUAAACAUGCCGCCCGUUAUUUACGUGGCCAUUGGACUGCCGGGGUACAUCCGCUGCCCGGUGGAUGCCAACCCGCCUGUCACUUCAGUGAAGUGGAAAAAAGACGGCCUGCCUCUGCGGAUAGAGAAGUACCCUGGUUGGAGCCAAAUGGAAGAUGGGAGCAUUCGAGUGUCUGAGGUGACAGAGGACUCUCUCGGCACCUACACCUGCGUGCCUUACAAUAGCCUCGGUACCAUGGGACCGUCCCCUCCCGCCCCCCUGGUGCUAAAGGAUCCACCCAAAUUUUUGGUGGUUCCUGGAGGGGAGUACAGGCAGGAGGCUGGUCGAGAGCUGGUCAUCCCCUGCGAGGCAGAAGGAGACCCAUUCCCCAACAUUACAUGGAGAAAGAAGGUAGGGAAGCCCAGCAGAAGCAAGCACAACGUCCUACCGAGAGGCAGCUUACAGUUCAAAUCUCUCAGCAAGGAGGACCACGGGGAGUGGGAGUGUGUCGCCUCCAAUGUCGCCACGAGCAUCACUGCCAGCACGCACCUCCUAGUAAUCGGCACAAGCCCACACGCCCCCGCCAAAGUCCACGUUACGGUCUCGACGACCUCGGCCAAUGUCUCGUGGGAUUCCAGUUACGAUGGCGGCUUUGAGCAGACAUUCUCAGUCUGGUACGGCCAUGUGGUGAAGAGGGAGCAGUUGGGACCGCAUGACUGGCUGUCCAUGCCUGUGCCCAGCGGACAGCACUGGCUCCUGGUGCAAGGUCUGGAGCCCGAGACGGCCUACCAAUUCAGCGUCCUGGCCCAGAACAAGCUGGGAACGGGCCCGUUCAGCGAGGUCGUCACUGUGAACACACUAGUAUUUCCUAUAAGUACCCCAGAACCACUGGUGCUGCUUACCCCACCACGGUGCCUCACAGCCAACCGGACACAGCAGGGAGUCCUGCUCACAUGGAUCCCUCCAGCCAAUCACACGUCGCCAAUCGAUCACUACAUCAUGGAUUUCCGCCUUGGGGAGAGAUGGGAUGUUCUUGAUGAUGCAAUUCCUGCUGGAGAGACUGAGAUCUUGGCAAGAGACCUGAUUCAGGAGGCCUGGUAUGAGUUCAGAGUGAUGGCGGUUAUGGAGGACCUUGUCAGUGAGCCCAGUAAUGUAGUGGGAGUCUCUAGCACAGACUACUUCCCACCGCCUGAGGUGCCAGACGAGGGCCUGGCGCGGCCGGUGGUGGCAGGCAUUGUGGCCACCAUCUGUUUCCUGGCAGCCGCCAUCCUCUUCAGCACGCUAGCAGCCUGUUUCGUCAACAAACAGAGACGGCGUAAGCUCAAGAGGAGACGAGAUCCCCCUCUGUCUAUAACACACUGCAGAAAGAGUGUGGAGACUCCGUCAUCAUCUGGAAAGAUUAGUCCAGAAAGCAUUCGCUCAAUAGGACCCCCUUCAGAGUCUUCAGAGGAUGGUUUACGAGCUAAGAAGUUUCCUCAAAGUCCUGCCAAGGAGGAGCUUUCCUUAUACAAGAAGACCAAGAGAGCAAUAAUUAGCAAGAAAUACAGUGUCUCUAAGCAUGAGGCGGAGGCUACCACACCAAUCGAAUUGAUCAGUCGUGGCCCAGAUGGGCGCUUUGUUAUGGAUCCAACUGAUAUGGAAACCCCAGUAAAGGCACGGCGCAUUGAGGGCUUCCCCUUCGUGGAGGAGUCUGACCUGUAUCCUGAAUUUCGACAGUCAGAUGAGGAGAAUGAUGAUCCGGGGCCAAUGCCACCUGUGAUGGCUACCCUCAGACCCCAUCAGAUUUCCCCCAUUUCAUCUAGCCAAGAAUCUUACUUGCAGCCCCCAGCCUACAGUCCCCGCUUCCAGAGGCCCAUGGAAGGCAUGACUAUAAUGGAGACCAGUCGGCUCCAGGCAACAGGGCAGAUCCGUGGUGCUCCUCACUUCCGAGCCUUUACCCAUGGCCAGUUCUACAGCUAUUUGGGAAGUCCAGGAGAACCUGAGCCUCCUCCUCCCUUCUACAUGCCAGACACCAGCCCUCUCAGCUCUGUAAUGUCCUCUCCUCCAUACCACCUAGAGGGGCCUUUUGGUCAUCCCACCAUACCAGAGGAAAUUGGUGAGGGUGAGAUUCAGCAUUAUGCAGUCUCUGGCUACACCCUUCCCUUGGCACACCCCUCCACCUCGCGCUCUCCAGACAUCUGGCAGAGACCAGAUUUCACCUUUGCUACAAUAGAGGGUCCUCACUUUAUUUUCCCACCACCACACCCUUUGCAUCUUCAUCCGGAACCUCCCCUUCCUCCCCCUCUUGUUCUUCCUCCUAGUGCCCUCCAGCCCUCCACACUUCAAGUUUCUCCUUACCCUGGUAUCCUGCAGCUGGAGGCCCCAAAGAGCCGCCCAGGCAAGUCUCCCAGCAAGGUCAAGCCUCAGGGCCUUCCAGCCAAGCGUUUACCUAUGCAAGAGGCACAGAGUCUAGGGCAGCUAAGACACACAAGCCACGGUAUGGGUGUACCGGUAUUGCCUUACCCUGACCCGGUGUCUCACAUGGUUGGCCCAAGCUCGUUCGGAAGCCUGGACACAAGAUGGUACGAGCUUACACCCAGGCUUAGCCCCAGGCAGCCCCGUAGGAUGGAACCCAGCAUGGUUGUUCUCCAGCCAUCCCGCCUCUCACCUCUAACUCAGAGCCCUAUUAGCUCUCACGAAGGCUCACCAGAGAUUGUAGUUCGUCCCAGACCCCGUCCUAGUAUGAUCCAACCCCCGAUUCCUCCUGAGAUGUCUGAGAUCACCCUUCAACCUCCUUCUUCAGCUAGCUUCUCUAGGAGGUCCUCCCCUUCCUCUUCUCCUGCUCAAGGCCAAGGCAGCCGAAGGGCAAGUCCCAGCUACCGAUCCCACAUGGCAUUUGCCACCUCAGCGGCAAGCUAUCCGUCACAGUCCCCUUCACCUCCUGUAGAAAGCAGCAACAUUUUUGGGCAGAUGCCAACCCAGAGGAGGACUGAGGAGGAGAUCCUUCCAUCAGAACCCUCUCCACCCCAGUUAUCAGCUUCAGGAAAACGUCGAGGUGCACCAAGUGGCUCUGCAGGGUCUGAGAGGAUAGAAGCACUGAGAUAUCAACGAGUGAAAAAAGCCAAGAAAGUUGGCAUCAACAAUAACAACUCCAAGGCCAGACGAAAGACGGGUGUGCCCCCCUCUCAGACCCAGCAGCCCCACACCUCUCAGGUCCUCCAGCCAGAAGAAGCUCUCUACCUCCGCAAGAAGAAGAAAAAGUUAACACGCCAGGACCCGUACGCCCGCUUCUCUGCUCUGCUGUACCGUCGCCCAACCCGAGAAGACCAGAAAGCCAUUUUGGCUAGUAUGGACACAGCAGACCCAGACCACGCCACUCUCCUCUGAAGUCCAAGAGACUACAGGCCACACUCGCCCCAAAUCUGAGCUCCUUCCACCUUCGCUCAGCCAGCCAAUGUCUUCACAUCCACAGCCAACACCAAUGGUUUACUUAUCUUCUCUGUUAUGUUACACUUAUUCUGAAUGCAUGCGAUCCAAGGUUUUGCUCCAGUUCUUUUACCUCAAAUUCAAAAGGAACGGUCAUUUUGAGCGGAUUGAAAGGAAAAUAUUUUAAGCUACAUCUGAUCUUUGGGAUUUAGUGGCUCUUAUCAGACGGUGUAUUCUAUAAGAGUGCAGUUGCCGAGCUUUCUGCCAACAGACUCAACCAUAAUUUGCAGUAGAUCACAGGGUUCUUACAGGUAUACCUCAACACCACCAAAAGCCCAGUGCUGUUACAGUAUAACUACAAAUAUUCUUACAGAUUUUUAAAAUGACAUAUUAUUGCACAGUUCAAAUUUACAAUAUAAUUGCAAAAGUUAAAAUGAUACGCACGCUACUUUUCAAACUUUUGGGGUCUUUUAAAUUUUUUUUCUUUUUAAAAGAAACCUUGUGCCCACCAGGGCUUCAUUUAAUUAAAGGAAAUUACAGAAACAUUAAUGUACUUAAAAGUUUGCUUUUAAUUUAGUAUAUUUUAUAGCACAGUUUAUUAAGAUGAAUUUUCAACAGCCAUUCAGUGAGUAUGUUUACUUAAACACCAAUAGUCCGAUUUUAAUAUGAUCAAGACACUACUCUGAUUAAGAGUUUACCAUGUAAACAGCUAUUUUUGAUUCAUUUAAUCUGAUUAAGGUCAGAAAUCGGAUUAAGAUUAUGUGAAAUAUGCCGAUUUUAGUCGCAUUAUUGAAGUGCAGUACAGUUCUCUAAACACUUUAAUCAAACUACACUGCAGGCACACAACAACAUAAGUCAUUACUAUUAGGUUCACCAUCAAGGACCACGCUACAAUGGUUGCUUAAACAUUUAUUACGAGUUGUUUUAGAAGUAGGUAAGAGUUAUGGAGAUUGAGAAGAGAAGUAUGGAUGGUUGUUGAACUGGCUGAUCAGGGAGUCUUGUCCAGGGAGACUCAAGAGUGGGGGCUUUGUCUCGUAGGUUAAGGUGGAACCUUUAGAAGACCCCCCGAUACAGCCUGUGGAAGAGGAGAGGGAUGUUAAGAGGUAUAGGGAGGGAUGAGUGGAUGAGUUUAGAGGGGAAUUGGGUGGGAGGGAGCGAGAAUCUGAAACAAACGGUUUAGGGAGGGUAAACUUCCUCUAAAUAGUAGACGAGGGAAGUUGAUUGGUUUAAGCGUUGCCCCGCUACUGAGCUUUUGUUAAUUCAUUAACUCCAUUUUGAUUUAGGUCGUGAUGUCAGGUGACCAAAAUUCAAUGACUAUCCAGCGUCUAAGGACAGCCUUAUUUUGACGUCCAAUAACGACAU